CCUCCCUCCUUGUUUGAAUCAAGCGAUCAACUACCACACCUCGCCCCACAGUACGUACACACAGGCCGACAGGCGCCGCAACGACACACAGUCCACAAGGCCACGCCUCUCUCGCCCUCGCCCUCCUCCUCUCCUCUCGCCGUGACCCGCCGCCUCGCGACGCCGCCACCUCGAGAAGCGCGCCGGGCCGCGCCACUCCGCUAGGGUUUGCGCCCAGUCUCCUCCGCCCCCGCUUACCGCAGCAGCGAUGGAGGGCGGCGGCGGUGUCGGCGAGGGCGAGGGCAGCACCGCGGCGGCGGCGGAGAUGGUGGUGAGGAACCCGAGGUGCUACCUCGACGUGAGCAUCGGCGGGGACAUGGAGGGACGGAUCGUGGUGGAGCUCUACGCCUCUGUGGCGCCGCGCACGGCGGAGAACUUCCGCGCGCUCUGCACCGGCGAGAAGGGCGCCAGCGUCGCCACCGGCACUCCGCUUCACUACAAGGGCUCAUGUAUUCACCGGAUCGUCAAAGGUUUUAUGGUGCAAGGAGGGGAUAUUACUGCUGGUGAUGGAACAGGGGGAGAGUCAAUAUAUGGACCGAAUUUUGGGGAUGAAAAUUUUGUUCUGAAGCAUGAGAGGAAAGGGAUGUUAUCAAUGGCUAAUGCUGGUCCCAACACAAAUGGUUCUCAGUUUUUCAUCACUACAACCCGGACACCGCACCUUGAUGGGAAACAUGUUGUUUUUGGAAGGGUCAUAAAAGGAAUGGGGGUGGUUCGCUCAAUGGAGCAUGUUUCUGUUGGAGAAGCCGAUUGUCCAACUACUGAUAUUGUCAUUGUUGAUUGUGGAGAACUACCAGAAGGUGGCAGUGAUGGAGUUGUAAACUUUUUCAAGGAUGGUGACUUGUAUCCUGAUUGGCCAAAUGAUCUUGAUGAAAAGCCUACAGACAUUUCUUGGUGGAUGAAUGCUGUUGACUCUGCAAAAUCUUUUGGAAAUGAAAAUUUCAAGAAAAAGGAUUUCAAGGCAGCCCUCAAGAAGUACAGAAAAGCCAUGAGGUACUUAGAUCUUUGCUGGGAGAAAGAAGAGAUAGAUGAAGAGAAGAGCUCAGCACUACGGAAGACAAAGUCAAUUAUACUCACAAAUAGUUCUGCUUGCAAGCUGAAGCUGGGAGACUUGAAGGGUGCUUUAUUAGAUGCAGACUUUGCAUUGCGCGAAGCGGAGGGGAACCCAAAAGCUUUUUUCCGUCAAGGACAGGCACGCAUGGCACUCAAUGAUAUUGACGCUGCAGUUGAGAGCUUCAAGCAUGCUCUGCAGUUGGAGCCAACCGAUGGAGGAAUUAAGCGGGAGCUAGCUGCUGUAAAAAAGAAGAUUGCUGACAGACGGAAUCAGGAGCGGAAAGCAUUUUCGAGGAUGUUCCAGCCUUCGGGAGGUUCAGAGAAGAUCGAUGAGGAGAAUAUCUGAUCCCCUAGGUUCAAGUUUUCAUCGUUCUCUCUGUCAUUACAUACGGGUGCUGUCUGG